AUGGACGGCGUAGAUCUCUCGAAAUGCGUGUGCGAGGCGGGCGCGGUGGAGUGGAUCCGCGACUGGUUUCAGGACUGCGUGUACUCGCGCUGGGACCUGCUCUCCUUCCUGGUCGGCCUCGCCUCCAUCGGCUGCUGGCUCGUCGCGCAGCUGCCGCAGUUCAUUCAGAACAUCCGAGUCGGGUCCGCCGACGCGCUCUCGCCCUGGUUCCUCUUCCAAUGGCUCUCCGGCGAUCUGCUGAACCUGCUGGGCUGUCUGCUGUCCGGCAGCCAGCUCAUCACGCAGACGUUCACGGCCAUCUACUUCAUCUUCGCCGACUGCUGCAUCAUCGCGCAGUACGUGUACUACCAGCUGAAGAACCGCGACUCGAUCGAGCUGGACGCGGACUGCAUGUCGCGCGCGCCGUCGCAGCAGGACGGCUUCAUCACCGCCGCCGCCUUCUCCUCGCCCUCCGCCGCCCUCCGCCGCCCGCUCCUGUCCGCCAGGCCCGCCGCGGCAGCAGAUCACGCGGAUGCCGCCA